AUGCAAAUUUCUUUCAACUAUGUUUUCUACGCUUCAGGGAAUAAUGUCUUCGGAAUAACACUGAAGAGUGGAACGAAGCAGUUAGAAGCGUUUUCAACAGCUAUUUUACCAUUCUAUUUGGUCAGCAGCUACGAAGAUACUGAUGUCAUCUACAAGUGGUUGCUUGCUGCUCGGGAGACUUUUCAAGAGAAACGUUUCUCUAUUUUCAAGUGCGAAGUCACGGGGGACUCACUAGUGUCAGCUGAAGUCCGACGGAUGGGCGUCGAAACCGCUCCAAUGAUUAUCAUGUCGAUUGCUGCUAUGAUUCUAUUCGUAGUGUGUUCGUCCCUCAGGCGUGAUCCAUCUCGAGCAAAGCCAUGGGAGUCGUUAAUCGGUUGCCUAAUCCCACUUCUGGCUUUAGUAUCCAGUACAGGGCUUUUGUCUUGGUGCGGCUGGAAGUUCCAGUCUAUAAUCGUAGCCGCGUUCUUCUUGGUGCUUUCCGUUGGUGUUGACGACGUCUUCAUCAUUCUUCGUGCUUGGGAUCGAACCAAUACUGAAGAGGAGGUGCCAGAACGCAUGGCUCGAACCCUUGAAGAUGCUGGACCAAGCAUUCUCAUCAGUUCAAUCACCAAUGCCAUGGCGUUCUUCAUUGGCAUGAGUUCUCAAACGCCAGCAGUGCGAUCAUUCUCCCUGUAUUCAGCGAUUGCCAUAAGUCUCUGUUUCAUCUAUCAACUGGUCAUGUUUUGUGCUGUGCUAGCCGCCAGUGGUUAUCGUGAACGAAGCGGUCAUCAAAGCUUUCUGUGCUGGAAAAAAGCAAAUCCAAAGGUGAGUACCCAUUGA